UCCAUCACUAUUGCCUGUAAUCGAGUGUUCAUUCGACAUUGAAAGUAGCCAUGGCCUGCUCGUCUUGGACAGUAAUGAAAACUUGGGUAUCUCUAUCCUUUAUAGCCUCAAUCUUGUGCUGUAGCGGGGUGUAUGCUCAGCUUACUCCAAACUUUUACAACAAGACGUGUCCGCAGGCAUUGCCUAUAGUCAAAGCAGCAAUAACGCAAGCGCUGGCCCAAGAAGCCAGAAUGGGAGCUUCUCUUCUCCGCCUUCACUUCCACGACUGUUUUGUUAACGGAUGCGAUGGAUCUAUUCUCUUGGACGACACCGCGACUUUCAAAGGAGAGAAGAGUGCUGGAGCCAAUGCCAAUUCGGCCAGGGGAUUCGAGGUGAUAGAUAAUAUCAAGACCCAAAUUGAGAAGGUUUGCAGUGGAGUUGUAUCCUGCGCUGAUAUUUUGGCAGUGGCCACUCGCGACUCUGUUGUCCAAUUGGGAGGUCCAAGCUGGAAUGCAAUGCUUGGAAGGCGAGAUUCGAGGACUGCUAGUCUGAGUGGAGCAAACAGCAAUCUUCCAGGCCCCACUUCGAGCCCUCUCAUCUCAGCAUUCCGAGCCCAAGGACUGUCUGCGAAAGAUAUGAUCGCUCUUUCAGGAGCUCAUACCAUUGGUCAAUCCCGUUGUCAAUUCUUUAGAAGUCGGAUCUACAAUGAAUCCAACAUAGACAAGGCAUUUGCAGCUUCUUUGCAGAAAAAUUGUCCCUUCAACGGUGCUGGUGACAGUAACCUCGCACCCUUGGACUCCACGACAGCUAAUGGUUUCGACAAUAACUAUUACAAAAAUUUGAGAUCUCAGAAAGGCGUUUUCCAUUCCGACCAGGAAUUAUUUAAUGGAGGAUCUGCUGAUGCUCAGGUGACAACAUACAGCACCAAUCAACAAGCCUUUUUCACAGAUUUUGCCGCUGCAAUGGUGAGGAUGGGAAACAUCAAGCCUCUUACUGGAACACAGGGAGAGAUUCAAAAGAACUGCAGAAGAAUAAAUUAAUGUUUAAUGCUUCCCACGUCAUCUGCAUUUGUACUGCGGCUUUGAAUUGAAAAAAAACUUUUUAAUAUGAGAACCGGACAAAUUGUUCUGCUCCAAGUUGUAUUUUCGAAUUGGAAAUAUCG